AUCGAAUCUGUCAAUGUGACAUUAGUUAUCUUCGAACGAAAAUGAUGAGCGACGAUAUGCUUGACGAGAAUGAUGAGAACUUCGCUUGCCAAGACGUUGAUGAAAUCAUCAUAUACGUGCCGGAAUUUGCUGGUUAUCGAGAGGUAAAUAUAGACACCGCUGUUUCCGUAUGCCCUACACCAAUCCAACAAGCCAGAAGAGAAUCAUCGUGUCGUAAUCUGGAAAUGCGGCGUCGUUUUGAAAAGCUUCGACGUGAAAAGAAAGAAGAGAAGAAACUGCUGGCGGAUGAUGAAAAGGAUUUUGAUGAAGACGAUGAUGUUUUUGAAGAUGGAGAAGGUUUACAGAUGCGAACGUUCCAGCCGAACGCAUCGAUUCGAGACGAAAAUGGAUCGAUGCCCAGUCUUUUGCCACGCACAGCACCGAUAAAAAAGACGAGAAAACAUCGGAGAAGACGUAGUGGCAGUUUCACUGGCGGAGUCUAUCCUCGAAAGGGUCACCGAAACAGGAGUCUUCUUGGCCAUGCGAUACCACCACCAAAUGUACAUUCGGCUGAUUGGAGAGACAUGUUGGCUAUCACUGAUAACAAAGAUGAUAAAUUGAUGAAAACGCUGGGUGUCACUCGUUAUCUGCAAUCAAAAGGUGGAGAUCAGGUGCCUCCAACAAGCACAACAACAGGAGGAGCCGGCGGGGACGGAAAUGCUGUUCCGACGACUUCACAGGCGCAGGCUCAGACGUUUAAUUCUGGACGACAAACGACCGGAAUGUCAUCUGGCGAUCGAUUAAAUGAAGAUGUUUCAGCAACUGCGAAUAGUGCUCAACUCGUGCUUCCAACUCCUCUUUUUAAUCAAAUGAGGUUCACUGAAUCAAAUAUGUCUCUAAAUCGUCACAACUGGGUGAGAGAAACCUUCACACGACGAGAAUGUUCUCGAUUCAUUGCAUCAAGUCGUGACCUACACAAAUGUGGUUGUGGAAGAACACGUGAUGCUCAUCGAAAUAUUCCAGAGCUUACAUCCGAAUUUCUACGACAGAAACGAUCAGUGGCAGCAUUGGAACAACAAAGAUCUAUUUCCAAUGUUAAUGAUGAUAUUAAUACACAGAAUAUGUAUACGAAAAGAGGAGCAAACGAGAAAUGGAGUCUACGUAAGCAUACUGUAUCACUGGCAACCAAUGCUUUUGGACAAGUUGAAUUUCAAGGUGGACCACAUCCAUACAAAGCUCAAUAUGUUCGAGUCAACUUUGACACAGAGCCAGCAUACAUUAUGUCUUUGUUUGAGCACGUUUGGCAGAUUUCACCGCCGAGACUUAUCAUCACUGUUCACGGAGGAACAAGCAAUUUUGAUCUUCAACCAAAACUAGCACGAGUCUUUCGGAAAGGUCUUCUGAAAGCGGCGUCUACAACAGGAGCAUGGAUUAUCACAAGUGGAUGUGACACGGGUGUAGUGAAACAUGUGGCUGCUGCCCUUGAAGGUGCUCAAUCUGCUCAAAGAAAUAAGAUUGUGUGUAUUGGAAUUGCUCCGUGGGGAUUGCUGAAGAAACGAGAGGACUUUAUUGGACAAGAUAAAACUGUCCCAUAUUAUCCGAGUUCAUCGAAAGGAAGAUUCACAGGACUCAAUAACAGACAUUCGUAUUUCUUGUUAGUUGAUAAUGGAACUGUUGGAAGGUACGGAGCAGAAGUAAUUCUUCGUAAGAGACUCGAAAUGUACAUUUCCCAAAAACAAAAAAUAUUUGGAGGAACUCGAAGUGUUCCAGUCGUUUGUGUUGUGCUUGAAGGUGGAAGUUGUACAAUUCGAUCAGUUCUCGAUUACGUCACGAAUGUUCCACGUGUUCCUGUUGUGGUUUGUGAUGGAAGUGGAAGAGCUGCUGAUCUUCUCGCGUUUGCACAUCAAAAUGUCACCGAAGAUGGACUUCUUCCCGAUGACAUUCGCCGCCAAGUUCUUCUUCUCGUUGAAACUACUUUUGGAUGCAGUGAAGCAGCUGCUCAUCGCCUUCUUCACGAGCUAACUGUAUGUGCUCAACACAAAAAUCUUCUGACAAUCUUCCGACUCGGCGAGCAAGGAGAACACGACGUAGAUCAUGCAAUUCUGACGGCACUACUAAAAGGACAAAAUCUCUCGGCAGCUGAUCAAUUGGCUCUUGCUCUUGCAUGGAAUCGUGUUGAUAUUGCACGGUCCGAUGUUUUUGCAAUGGGACACGAAUGGCCACAAGCAGCACUUCACAACGCAAUGAUGGAAGCUUUGAUCCAUGAUCGUGUGGAUUUUGUUCGUCUACUACUUGAGCAGGGAAUAAAUAUGCAAAAGUUUCUCACAAUAUCACGACUUGAUGAACUGUACAAUACUGAUAAAGGCCCACCGAAUACUUUGUUUUAUAUCGUAAGAGACGUAGUUCGAGUACGACAGGGAUACCGCUUCAAAUUGCCUGACAUUGGACUUGUCAUCGAAAAAUUGAUGGGAAACUCGUAUCAGUGCUCGUACACGACGUCAGAAUUCCGAGACAAGUAUAAACAACGGAUGAAACGAGUUAAACAUGCACAAAAGAAGGCAAUGGGUGUAUUUUCGAGCAGACCAUCUCGAACUGGAUCUGGAAUUGCAUCACGUCAAUCAACAGAAGGAAUGGGUGGAGUUGGUGGUGGAAGUUCAGUUGCUGGAGUAUUCGGAAAUUCAUUUGGAAAUCAAGAUCCACCUCUGGAUCCACAUGUUAAUCGAUCUGCAUUGAGUGGAUCAAGAGCUCUCAGUAAUCAUAUACUGUGGAGAAGUGCAUUCCGAGGAAAUUUUCCCGCAAAUCCCAUGCGACCUCCAAAUCUUGGUGAUUCUCGUGAUUGUGGCUCGGAAUUCGAUGAAGAACUCUCACUGACAUCAGCUUCAGAUGGAUCACAAACUGAACCAGAUUUCCGUUAUCCGUACAGUGAACUCAUGAUAUGGGCUGUUUUGACGAAAAGACAAGAUAUGGCAAUGUGUAUGUGGCAACACGGAGAAGAAGCAAUGGCAAAAGCGUUGGUAGCAUGUAGAUUGUACAAAAGUUUGGCCACUGAAGCCGCCGAAGAUUAUUUGGAAGUUGAGAUUUGUGAAGAAUUGAAGAAAUAUGCAGAAGAAUUCCGUAUUUUAUCUCUGGAACUUCUCGAUCACUGUUAUCAUGUCGACGAUGCUCAAACUCUUCAACUUCUGACUUAUGAGCUAUCCAAUUGGAGUAAUGAGACGUGCCUUGCUCUUGCGGUUAUUGUUAACAACAAACAUUUCCUUGCUCAUCCAUGUUGUCAGAUUCUUCUUGCUGAUCUAUGGCAUGGUGGUCUUCGAAUGCGAACUCAUUCUAACAUCAAAGUUGUCCUUGGCCUUAUCUGUCCUCCAUUCAUUCAAAUGUUGGAGUUUAAAACCAGAGAAGAACUAUUGAAUCAACCACAGACUGCUGCCGAACAUCAGAACGAUAUGAAUUAUUCAAGCUCUUCGUCAAGCUCUUCUUCAUCAAGUUCAAGUUCAAGUUCCAGUGAUUCGAGUAGUUUUGAAGAUGAUGAUGAUGAGAAUAAUGCACAUAAUCAUGAUCAGAAAAGAACUCGAAAAACAUCGCAAGGAAGUGCUCAAUCUUUAAAUAUUACUUCCCUGUUUCACAGCAGACGACGAAAGGCAAAGAAGAAUGAAAAAUGUGAUAGGGAGACUGAUGCAAGUGCUUGUGAAGCUGGAAACAGGCAAAUCCAAAAUGGGGGUCUAACUGCGGAAUAUGGAACAUUCGGAGAAUCAAAUGGAGUAUCUCCUCCACCUCCAUACAUGCGUGCAAAUUCUCGUUCUCGUUAUAACAAUCGAUCCGACAUGAGCAAAACAUCUUCUGUCAUUUUUGGAUCUGAUCCGAAUCUUUCGAAACUUCAAAAAUCGAAUAUCACUUCGACGGAUCGGCCAAAUCCAAUGGAACAAUUCCAAGGAACGCGAAAAAUCAAAAUGCGUCGUCGUUUUUAUGAAUUCUACUCAGCACCAAUUUCAACAUUUUGGUCAUGGACUAUCUCAUUCAUUCUUUUUAUCACUUUCUUCACAUAUACUCUACUCGUUAAAACACCACCUAGACCAACAGUUAUUGAAUAUAUUCUUAUUGCAUAUGUUGCUGCAUUUGGACUUGAACAAGUACGAAAGAUUAUAAUGUCAGACGCGAAACCGUUCUAUGAGAAAAUUCGAACGUACGUGUGUAGUUUUUGGAAUUGUGUCACCAUUCUUGCAAUUAUCUUCUACAUUGUCGGAUUUUUCAUGAGAUGCUUUGGAAGUGUUGCAUAUGGAAGAGUAAUCCUAGCCUGUGAUUCUGUACUUUGGACAAUGAAAUUAUUGGAUUAUAUGAGUGUUCAUCCAAAGUUGGGACCCUAUGUGACGAUGGCAGGGAAAAUGAUUCAGAAUAUGUCAUAUAUCAUUGUCAUGCUGGUUGUCACUCUCUUAUCAUUUGGUUUGGCACGACAAAGUAUCACUUAUCCGGAUGAAACAUGGCAUUGGAUUCUUGUCAGAAACAUAUUCCUCAAGCCAUAUUUUAUGCUCUAUGGAGAAGUUUACGCUGAUGAAAUUGACACUUGUGGUGAUGAGGCAUGGGACCAACAUCUUGAAAAUGGAGGUCCUGUUAUUCUUGGAAAUGGAACAACUGGUCUAUCGUGUGUACCUGGAUACUGGAUUCCUCCACUUCUUAUGACAUUCUUCUUGCUUAUUGCGAACAUCUUGCUCAUGAGCAUGUUGAUUGCUAUUUUCAAUCACAUCUUCGACGCCACCGAUGAGAUGUCUCAGCAAAUUUGGCUUUUCCAGCGUUACAAACAAGUUAUGGAAUAUGAAUCAACACCGUUCCUUCCACCUCCACUCACGCCUUUAUAUCAUGGUGUUCUCAUUCUUCAAUUUGUGCGGACAAGGCUGAGCUGUAGCAAAUCACAGGAACGGAAUCCGAUGUUUGACUUUUCAUUGAAAUUAUUCCUGGAUAAUGAUCAAAUCGAAAAGUUACACGAUUUCGAAGAAGAUUGCAUGGAAGAUCUUGCACGGCAAAAGCUGAAUGAGAAGAAUACAAGUAACGAACAACGAAUUCUCAGAGCCGAUAUUCGAACUGAUCAAAUUCUGAAUCGACUUAUUGAUCUACAAGCCAAAGAAAGUAUGGGACGAGAUGUGAUCAAUGAUGUAGAGUCACGUCUUGCAUCUGUUGAAAAAGCUCAGAAUGAGAUAUUGGAAUGUGUUCGAGCACUUUUGAAUCAGAAUAAUGCGCCAACUGCAAUUGGUCGAUGCUUUUCUCCGUCUCCAGAUCCGCUAGUGGAAACCGCUAAUGGAACUCCUGGACCGUUACUUUUGAAAUUACCCGGAACCGAUCCGAUUCUCGAGGAGAAGGAUCAUGAUUCGGGUGAAAACAGUAAUAGUCUGCCUCCAGGUCGAAUUCGUAGAAACCGAACAGCAACGAUUUGUGGAGGAUAUGUUAGUGAAGAGAGAAACAUGAUGCUUCUUUCACCAAAACCAUCUGAUGUUUCUGGAAUACCGCAACAACGGCUGAUGUCAGUUACUUCCAUGGAUCCACUGCCGUUGCCUCUCGCCAAACUGUCAACAAUGUCGAUUCGCCGCCGACACGAGGAGUAUACAUCAAUCACUGAUUCAAUCGCAAUACGACAUCCUGAACGAAGAAUUCGAAAUAAUCGAUCGAAUAGUAGUGAACAUGAUGAAUCAGCAGUUGAUUCAGAGGGAGGUGGCAAUGUAACGUCAUCACCAAGGAAGCGGUCGACAAGAGAUCUUCGAAUGACUCCGUCUUCUCAAGUUGAAGAAUCAACUAGUAGGGAUCAAAUAUUCGAAAUUGAUCACCCCGAACACGAGGAAGACGAGGCUCAGGCAGAUUGUGAACUAACUGAUGUGAUCACUGAAGAAGAAGACGAGGAAGAAGAUGAUGAGGAAGAUGAUAGUCAUGAAAGGCAUCAUAUUCAUCCCAGAAGGAAAUCAUCACGACAGAAUAGACAACCAUCACAUACACUGGAAACUGAUUUGUCCGAAGGAGAGGAAGUUGAUCCAUUGGAUGUUCUGAAAAUGAAAGAACUGCCAAUUAUUCACCAAAUUUUGAACGAAGAAGAGCAGGCCGGGGCUCCUCAUUCCACUCCUGUAAUUGCUUCACCAUCAUCAUCGCGGGCUGAUUUAACCUCUCAAAAAUGUUCAGAUGUGUAGAAGAUUCACAUUUAUUUUUCAACUUUUAACUAUAGUUUAUAAUCACAGUUCACCAAUAUUUGCCAUUCCAUUGAUUACCAGGACCACGGGCUCUUUUAUUAGAUACAUUCACCAUAUUCAUUCAUGCCUAGCUUUUAUAAGUUGAAUAUACAGUUUAUUAGUUUUUUUUCUCUUUCCCCAAACAUUUCUGGCUUUAUUUUUUGUGAUUUCCUUCCGAUUCGCAGCGGGUCAACCCCACUCACUUUUCCACUGAAAACAUCCCCCACGAAUACUUUGCCUUUUUUCAAGACAGUUUGAAUACUUUUUAUGAAUACCCUAUUUAUAGUUACUCAUUUCUUGUUUCCAUCUUUUUUGUAUGUUUGAAAUUAUCAUUAGUUAUGGUUUAGUUUCUUUUUUUUUCAUUUUUCAAAAUAAAUAUUAUAAAAAUUCA